AUGGCUGAUAGUACAAUUGAUCAGACUGAAAACAAGACUUUGAACCCUGGCAUAUUGACUAUCGCAGAUUUGAAGCAGGCUGAAAAGAAAGAGGCAAAAAAACUGCCCAUCAGUAAUCCCUGUGUUCAUCUCUUCGUGAAACAUGUUUUUGCUAGUAGUGGUCGUGUCAUGGGGUCAGAUCGCUCAUGUGCAGCUUAUCAAGGGAAGAUCUGGGGAUCAUGUUUGACACUGCGUGGGCCAGCAGCCUGGUUGACCAUCAACCCAUGCGACCUUCAUGAUCCAAUUGCUCAGGUGCUUGUCGGAGAGGAGAUCAACAUGAAUGAAUUCAACUCUAUAUAUUUUGCUUGUGCGCAAUUCUUUCUUUCUUUUGUACCAUCACCUUCACCUGUGGUUUCUUGCCUCAAUGGGCAUUCGCUGUCAAUGAUGGUGGCCACUCCUGCAUAA